GCAGAUGGAAACAGGUCUUUCGGCCCGCGGAGUCCGCGCCAACCAGCGAUCACCCCGUACACUAGCACUAUCCUACGCACAUUAGGGACAAUUUUGCAGAGGCCUUACAACCCUGAACGUCUUUGAAAUGUUGGAGGCAUCCGGAGCACCCGGAGUAAAAACCCACGCAGGUCAAAGGGAGAACGUACAAACUCCACACAGACAGCACCCAUAGUCAGGAUCGAGCCCGGGUCUCUGGCGGUGAGGCAGCAACUGUACCGCUGCGCCACUGUGCCGCGCAGAAUUAUAUAACGGUUUCCUCCGCCAUAAACGCACCCGAUUUGUGCUAGUAAUGUCCUGUUUGCCACUUGUUGACCCUAUGUGUUCCCCUCCUGCAGGGUUUAGUAGUCGUUGCUGUGGACGGAGAGACGGGGACAUGAGCGGCCAUUGACGGCGGCCUGGGUGCUGGUGAGUGGGCUGAGCUUCGAUGGAGGACCACAUAACGGGGCACAACAAGGAGAAGCAUUAUGAGUGCGACUUGUGUGGCAAGGCCUGGCAGUACCCGAGCCAGCUGGAGAUCCACCGGCGGGUGCACACGGGAGAACGACCCUUCACCUGCUCCGACUGCGGCAAAGGCUUCAAGUCGUCCUCGGACCUGAAGAGGCACCGGCGCGUGCACACCGGGGAGCGACCCUACACCUGCAGUGACUGCGGCAAGGGCUUCAUCCUCUCCAGCUACCUGGUGUCCCACCAGCGCACCCACACCGGGGAGCGUCCGUACACCUGCGCCCAGUGCGGCAAGGGCUUCACCCAUUCCAGUCACCUGCUGUCCCACCAGCGCACCCACACCGGGGAGCGGCCCUACACCUGCAGCGACUGCGGCAAGGGCUUCACCAAGUCUCACAGCCUGCUGGUGCACCAGCGCACCCACACCAGCGAGUGCCCCUACACCUGCGCCCAGUGCGGCAAGGGCUUCACCUCCUCUAGCAAGCUGCUGUCCCACCAGCGCACCCACUCCGGAGAGCGGCCCUACACCUGCGCCCUGUGUGGCAAGGGCUUCACCCAGUCCAGCAACCUGCUGUCCCACCAGCGCACCCACACCGGCGAGCGCCCCUACACCUGCGCCCAGUGCGGCAAGGGCUUCACCCACUCCAGCACCCUGCUGGUGCACCAGCACACCCACACCGGCGAGCGCCCCUACACCUGCGCACAGUGCGGCAAGGGCUUCUCCCGCUCCAGCAAUCUGCUGUCCCACCAGCGCACGCACACCAGUGAGCGCCCAUACACCUGCACCCAGUGCGGCACGGGCUUCACCCGCUCCAGCACCCUGCUGGAGCACCAGCGCACCCACACCGGUGAGCGCCCCUACACCUGCGCCCAGUGUGGCAAGACCUUCACCAGGUCCAGUCACCUGCUGGGGCACCAGCGCACCCACACCGGCGAGCGCCCCUUCACCUGCACCCAGUGUGGCAAGGGCUUCACCCAGUCCAGCAACCUGCUGUCCCACCAGCGCACCCACACCGGCGAGCGCCCCUACACCUGCACCCAGUGUGGCAAGGGCUUCACCAGCUCCAGCAACCUGCUGUCCCACCAGCGCAUCCACACCGGCGAGCGCCCCUACACCUGCAGCUACUGCGGCAUGGGCUUCAUGUGCUUCAGCACCCUGCUGGUGCACCAGCGCACCCACACCGGGGAGCGGCCCUACACCUGCACCCAGUGCGGCAAGCGCUUCACCCGCUCCAGUCACCUGCUGUCCCACCAGCGCACCCACACCAGCGAUCGCCCCUUCACCUGCAUCCAGUGAGG